AUGAGAUAUAUGAUUGAACAUCCCCCAGAAGAUUACUACAGUAUGUGGGGAAUAAAUACAAAUCCGAACUUCAUGUUUGAAGCUGAUGAUUGUUACACAAACACAUUCAUUAAAUACACUCCAGAGACUCACGAAUUCAUGUGGUAUAGAAAGGCAGAGAGAAGAAGAAAAUGGUCUGAUUUUCCAAUAGCAACCCAUUGCUCUUAUUGUUUCAACAAUUACUCAUUAUAUAUUAAUAAGCAAUUAGCCUUUGCACACACAGAUCAAGCAAAUCACCCAUUCUUAAAUAAAAGCUAUUUGUUUAGAACACACUAUUGCAGGCAUGAUAUACAAAGAUACUAUCCAAUGAGACCUGCAAAGAUAUUUAAAGAUGAUACUGAACUUGCUCCACCUGAUCCAAGGUUUGCUUAUUUACUUGAUCCUAAUUUCACUCUAGAUAUAACUCAAACUAUAUAUACUGAAAAAGAUCUACCGACACUAUGCAAUGAAGAAAAUAAUUGGUGGAUAGAUCCUUCAAAAAGAAUUCUAAAACCAAAAUGGCAAUACAAGCCCGACUAA